CACGCGGAUGGCAGUGCCGCAGAAUCAGGGCCCAUACACUAUCCUUUAGCAAGAAAAUGGACAUAUCCAUGGUUCCUUUAUAUAAGAGCAUUCCCAAUUACCCCUUCACUCAGUUGAACAACAAGUUCUUCCGCUUGCUCGACAUUCCAUUGCACGGAGAUGACAACUGCUGCCACGGCCGCUGAGCUCGACUCCCAGAUACCUUCUACUUCAGUGUUCACGUACCUCUUCGCUAAUGAGCGGUAUAAUGAGGUUGCGUUCAUCGACCCCAUUUCCAACAAGUCCAUCACGAGGCGUCAACUUAAGUCUGACUCGUUGCGAUUCGCUCGGAGCCUUCGCAACCUCGACACGUUGGGACAGGGUGCGAGCUUGCAAAGAGGAGAUACCAUAACCAUUUUCUCCACCACGAGCAUCUACUACCCUGUCAUUAUUCUGGGCGCUUUUGCCGCUGGCACACCAGUAGCAUGCUCUAGUGCAGCUCAGACCCCCACUGAGUUGGCCCACCAGUUCACCCUCACGCGUCCCAAGUUCUUUGCUGUUCAGCUCCAACUUCUACCAGUCUUUCUCGACACCUUGAAGCUCCUCAAAGUGGAUGAGAAGGAAGUGAUACAGCGAAGCGUGUUGAUAUGCGAAAGGGAGGAGCUUUCUCAAUCCUUGAGACAGCAAGGCUGGCGUUGCAUAUAUAAUCUCUUCGAAGGAGAUGAUGACUUUGAGCCAGAGGAUUUUGACGGGCAGCGUUCAUCAGAGACUGCCCUAAUCGUUUAUAGCUCAGGGACCACAUCUUUGCCCAAAGGGGUGGAGCUAACACACCGCAACCUUGCGGCAACGGUCAAAAUCCUUGGGUUGUGGGCCGGUUUUGGUUUGGAUGGCCCACUCAUGGGGCCAUUCCCUUUUUACCACAUCGCAGGCAUGCAAAUCUUCCUUCUCGCUCCCGUCCGUUGGUGUCGCCCGAGUGUGCUAGUAUCUUCUUUCGUGUUUGAGGAUUUCCUCAAAUUCAUAGUGCGUUAUAAAGUGUCCUCUGUAGCUGUUCCCCCAGCUGUCAUAGGAUUGUUCGCAUCUUCUCCUCUUGUGGACAAGUACGAUAUGACGAGUGUUCGAACGGUGUUAUUCGGUGCUGCUCCCACACCACAGCCGAUAAUCAACUCAUGUUACCAGAGGCUGAAAGCGAUUGCUCAUCCAUCAAUCGGUAUAUACCAAGGGUUUGGUGCGAGCGAAUGCACGGGGGCGACCGUGUUCACCCCACUCGGACGUGUUGAUAAGGCUGAAGCUGCAGGACACCCAAUAGGUUGCGACAUGCGAAUAGUAAGCGAUACUGACGAGGACGUUUCCCCGGGAAAGGAUGGUGAAGUUUUAUUGAGAGGGCCCGGCGUUAUGAGAGGGUAUCUCCACAAUCCCAAAGCCACGAAGGAGACUUUUACGUCUGACGGUUGGCUGAAAACUGGGGAUGUUGGCUACAUUGACAACGCAGGAUUCCUCCGCAUAGUUGAUCGCAAAAAGGAGAUAAUCAAGUACAACUCUUUUCAAGUGCCUCCGGCGGAACUGGAAUCUGUGCUUGCCGGUCAUCCUAAGAUAAGCGACGUUUGUGUGGUUGGUGUGCCAACUCGAGAUGGGACCAAUGAAUUGCCUCGGGCGUAUGUAGUCCCGCGCGACAGGGCGUUGCUUAAGGAUCCCGCCUUUCCUUCGGAAAUCCAAAAAUGGAUUCAGGGUAAAGUUUCGUAUUACAAAGAAUUACGGGGAGGUGUCGUCGCUGUGGAAAGCGUUCCUCGAUCGGUGUCGGGUAAACUUCUCAGAAGAAUUCUUCGAGACCAAGCGAUAGCGGAAAUGCGGCGUCAGGUCAAAACUCAUUUGUGAUUGCACAGUCUGGAUUAGUGCCUACUUUAUAUUUAGAUUUGGAGACGGGACUGUGGGGAUAUAACUGAAUCGAUGUUACGCAGGAGUGUGAACACUCGGAGCACCUUGUGACAGUGGGAUUCUGGUCCAAUCCGGAAUAAUGAAUCCCUUGCGUGGGUUACUUCCGGCGCUUCCAGGAGAAACGGGCACUGGGGCACUGGGGGUAUUUUCAAACACAUCCUCUAAGGCUUCGUCCCACUUCUCUCGAGUAAUUUCUUCUCCACCUGUCUUCAUGGCU